AUGUUGCAACCGAAUCAUCAGCACUCAAGACUUUCCCAUGAUUAUCAUGAGGAAUCUACCAUUCUGAACACCUCAUCUUCACAAUAUCAGCAAUCACAACGCUCCAAUUCAACACCCACAAAAGUCUACGGAGGAGGUACACCCAUUCCCUAUUCCGAUGAAAAUACAACACUUCAAGUAACACUGCCUCCUCAUCAUCAGCGAGGUAUUAGAUCAUCAAGUAGUAGUUUGGGUGGAAAUUCAGCACAACUUCGAGCUCAAACCAAAAGCCCUCCAUCUGCAACGUCAAGUAAUAGUAGCAACAAUUAUGGAUCAUACUCUCCCAAGACCUCCCCUUUACCCAAGGAAGAAGUUUCAACAUCUGAAUGGACAGUUUUACAAACACAGAAUCAUGACCAGCUGUUUCCUUUGGAAGGACACGCAACAAUUUAUUGGGAACAAAGUUUGGAAGAUGAAGAUGAUUUGACACAACCAAAUCAAAUGACAUUGAAUAGAACCUUAAAUAUGAUUGUUUUAUAUGGAGGAACUGGCCCAAUCCGUGGCAACACAAAUCAAGUGUAUUGCAUGGUUCCAAAACAUUCUGGAAAUAUCACUUCGAGCUCAAGCACCCCUCAUUUGUCAUCAUCUUCUUCUCUUUCGAGCGCACAACAACAAUUUAAGUUUCAAUGGGUGUCACCUCCAACACAUUACAUAUCCGCCUAUAAUCCAACUCCUGUUGUGGGAGAGAAAAAUAUUAUUCAGAAAAAGUCCUCAAAGACAAAUGUGCUCUCAGGAGCAUCUUCCAGUAACGAUAGAUCUGGAUCAGCUUCUCCAAGACGUUCGUCAUUUGAAUCUCUUUAUAUAGACGAUGGCUCUGCUGAGAUACCUUUAUUUAAAUCAAGAUAUGACCACUCGUUUGUUUUAUGUGGUAAUAAUAAGGCAUACAUGUUUGGAGGUAGAAAUGGCAUGUUCUCUAAAACGCCUUUGCAAGAUUUUAUUUUAUAUUCUCUAGACAUGAAUAUUGAAAACCAAUUCACAUGGGAAAUAGCUCAUGUACCUCCUAAAUCAGAUAGAGAACUCUCAUUCUUGAAACAAUCACAAAAAGAUGUAAAUGAUUUGUACAAUAGAGAAUCACCCUUGCCUCGGUUUGGCCAUGCAUGUUGCGCAGUCAACCAAAAGCAGUCUGUUCUUCAACCCAUCAGAAGUACAAGCUCCAUAUCCAAUAGCGCAGCAAAUCUCGAUACUGGUUCAGAAAGUGACUCGUUAUCAGACUUGUCUGCAGGAGGAGUUAUGAACAACAACAAUGGAGGAUAUGGUGAGAGUACUACAAACUCCUCAGGUGCUAGCUCAAGCUCAGCUCGAUUCAACAGUGAUGGAGGAGUGGUUUUGGAUUGUGCCAUGUUAUUAUUUGGAGGUGUUGCUAUUGUUGACUACAGAUCUAAGAAGUGCAAGGAAACUAGUGACUUUUGGAUGUUUAAUUGUAAGGAAAGAAAAUGGCUGCAUUAUCCUAGUAUCAUCCAACGAUAUUUCAAAAACUCGUCGAGCAUUCUUCAAUCCAAAACAUUGGAUGAUUCACAAUACAUGCAAGAAAUAUCUCUCUCGUCAAGCGGUGGUAAUCAAGAAAAGAAAAGAGCUUCUCAGACCUUAACAGCCAACCGAAUGUCCAUACACAGCGCCUAUGUGCCUGAGGCAAGAUAUGGCCAUCAGAUGUGUGUUGUUUCCAAUUCACUAGUGUUUGUUAUUGGAGGAGCUACGUAUGCAAAAGACAAAAUGUACAAGGAUAUUUGGAUGUUGUCUCUCAACACGUUUGAAUGGAGAAAGGUUAAUCUUUCGCAUCACAAAUCGAACGAAAAGUAUAUUCAGAAAAUUCCAAUUCGAUAUGCCUCUCACGUUGUGAUUGGAAGAAGAGUUCUUAUGUAUGGCGGACAGCUGUCAUAUGAUACUGGAAAUUAUUUAAAAGAGUUGCUUUGUUUUGAUACUGAAACAUACACUCUCUCUGUCAUUGAAAACAGUGUCUCUCCACGAUUUGACACUGGACUUGUAAAACAAACCAUGGUUCUCUAUGGUAUGGAUAUUUUGAUUAUUGGAGGCAAGAGAGGCGUUUCCUCAUACAGAUACAAUGACAGCGUCCAACAAUUUUCUCUCAAGUUACUUUCAGUGCCAAAGACCAAUCAAAAAUUCCUUAGAGAAAAUACCAAAAUGAAAAAGUCAAAUCAAAUCUUGAAUCCAAACGAGAUUGAUUAUCAGAUACAAAUUUUUGAGAGCGCAGAGGACGAGGAGGACGAAUUCUCUGCCGCCAACUCGGUAAAAAUUCAAUUAAUUGCACAAAUUUUGAUGAGCGAAAUGUCAACGAGUGAUUAUUCAAGAAAAGAAGCACUCAAAUACCUUUCAGAAUUUAGACAAAUUGACAUUGUUAAACAACUAUUCAGAGACCCAUCCAUACACAAAGCUUUGGCAACUAUUAUGCAAUCAGGUUCAAAAUCUGAUAUAAGACAAACAGCUAAGGUACUUUUACGUUAUUUUAAAGAUACCGAUCAAGGCACUUUACCAUUUAUAAUUGCUAGACAAGUUUUGAAAUUUGUAGAGAGCUACCUCACUCUGAUCAAUUCCCUUAUUCGUUUAGGAGAGCCCAUUAGACAAACAUUGCACAUUGACUACUUGAACCUAUUUCAUUUAAUGUGCCAAAAUUUUGAAUAUUAUGAGUCUCUUUCUAAGGAGAUUAUAUCAGUAUUCCACCAAUGUUUCAGGAUGCAUAACCCUCUCUGCAAAGCGUCACUUGAUGUAUUACAAUUAGCAAUAUCCUCAUUUUCCUUUUUAUCACUCAACGCCAUGCAUUUUGCAUCUAAAUGUGACAAAGAUCUUUGUGCUACACUUCGUCAAUUUAUCACACAAUCAGAAGAUGCAAAAGCAAAAGCUCUUCAGCAAAAGGAUAACAAGGAACUUCAAGGUUCAGUUAUGAAAUUAGAUGAACUGCUCAUGCGCCUCAAAGAAGCUCUCGCAAAACUUUCAUCUCGAAGCAAAACCAUCAAGAAGCAUCUAGGACGAACACUAAAAGGUCACAAUGAUGAUGACGACCUGGAUGUAUGA